UUCCAUUCAUAUUCUCUCCUCCCUUCUCAUGUGCUCUCUAGAGAGAGAGAGGGAGAGCGCUAAGCUAUAAAGUUUCUUCUUCUUCUCCAUCCUUCCCCCGUUCUCUGGGCGGAGGCAUAGAGGGAAGAAGGCUCUUUACACAGAUAUAUGUUUAUAUAUAUAUCGACAAAACAUUAGUGUAUAUACGCAUACAUAUAAACGCAUAAAGGGACUCUCUCUCGGACAUGGACGCCACGGGGAUGAAUUCUCGGUCUCCUGCUGUUGUAUCGGAAAACGAUGUCGUUUUGAAACCGACGGAGAAGGAUGCGGCCAUGGAAGCUGCGGAUGUUGCUGCUCCUGCUUACAUGUCAAUGGUGGAUCCUUUCCUCAUCGAGGCUCUCCAAAAUCCUCGCCAUCGUGUUACCGUUCUACGAAUGGAACUUGAUAUUCAGAAGUUCUUUCUGAAUCCCAAUAUGCAGCAGUUUGAGUUCCCACACUUCCCUACAUCCUACCUUCGACUGGCAGCACACCGAGUUGCUCAACACUAUGGGUUGGUGACUAUGAUCCAGGAUAAUUCUGUUGAUGGUCAGGGAGCUCGUAUUUUGGUGAGGAAAAAGGCUGAAAGCAAAUACCCUGCAAUUUGUUUAUCAGAUGUCCCGCCUAAACAGUCAGAAAAUGACAAAUUUGAUCAGAAAAAAAUUUUCAUACGUCCAAGACCUAGAGCUUCCACUGGAGAGAGUGGUGAUUCUGCACUUAAACAUAGUCCUCUGAGAACUGUGGAAGAGAGAAAGGAAGAAUAUGAUAGGGCGCGUGCACGUAUAUUUAGCAGUCCUAAUAAUUCUGUCUCUGAAGAGUCAUUAGUUCGGGCUGCUUCAGAUGGAAAGGACACCGUAGUUGAGAAUGAAUGCUUGAAGAGCUCCAUUGUGGAUUUGGAUAAAAAGGUUAGCAUCAGGGGGGAAAAUGGAAGUUCUUCCAGGGUUGCAAUUUUAAGGGACAGGGAGAAGGAUCUUGUUGACCCUGAUUAUGACCGAAGUUAUGAAAGAUAUGCCAAUAAGAAUGUACCAAUCAAUCAAAGCUUCAACAUGACACCUUUUAAUAUUCAAAACUUCCAGCCAUAUGUGCAAUAUGAUUCUUCUUUUCCUCAGCUGUGUCAGAUGCCCAGGACUCAAGCUUCCCUGAACUACAGGAACCCAGUUCCGAGCCCCUAUUAUGCAACAGGGUUGCAUCCUACUUCUAGUGAUGCUGUUUACAUGCAGUGGCCUACCCAGUCCAUGAUGUAUGCACAUUCAUAUGAGGAACUUCGACAUGGUGUUUUCCAGGUCCCAUUCUCCCAGCAACCUCUCAGUUUUGAUUACUCGCAAAACCAUUGCUGAAGGGUAGAAUUUGAUGGAAAAUAUCUAGUGAAAGCAGGUUUUCCCUCCUUUAUAGUGUUAUCCUAAUUUAGGCUAAUUGCUUAAGACCUAUGAACUUGGUGUUAUAGUAUAUUUUGUUUUCAUUUUUGAAAUUAUCAUAAGGAGGUGAUCACUGUAGCACAGAGUACUGGCUAUUAUUAUUUGUAGUGGAACUUUCCGCAUGCCUCUACA